AUGGUGCCUACCCUGCUGAGCAACUUGUUCGAAAAGCAACGCGUAGUCCGCCUGCCGAAGAAUGCUGCUGCAAUUGCCAUGUGCAUCAUGAAGAACGGCGGCUCUGCGAUAGAUGCCGUAGAGGCUGCCAUCAAAUUGCUCGAAGAUCGUGAGAUUACCAACGCCGGCUACGGAAGCAACUUGGCCAUGGAUGGAGUGGUAGAGUGCGACGCGUCGGUCGUCGAUCACUUUGGACGCAGUGGCGCUGUAGGCGCUGUGGCUCAAAUCAAAAACCCGAUCUCGCUAGCACGUAUGGUUUACGAGCAUACCAGUAAGCCGUUGACACUUCGACGUGUUCCUCCGAAUCUUUUGUGCGCCCAGGGAGCGACUGAAUUCGCGGCGGAGCUAGGCAUGCCUGUUCUUCCCCACGAUGCCCUCAUCUCGCCAGCUGCAAAGGAGCGCUGGCUUCGAUGGAGAGCCGAUCUUAGAUCUGCUGAACGGAAGGCAAAAAAAGCUGGCCAACACCCGUCAUGUUAUAGACUGCGAGCCGACAUCGCACCAGAGGAUGAAAAUGAGCACAGACAGAUGCGACAAAGACACACGACCGACUUGUUGCGAGGCUAUCCUUCUUUGCUGCAGUCACCAUCGCCCGAACCGUCUGACGAGUCGCUCUGCUACUCAACUGAGAAUGCUUCAAGUACACCUUCUGAACCAGCAGCGCUAUCCGGACCUUCUUCUGGCUCAUGGCUUAGCGACGACCGUAUACAGACGCCUGAUUUACCAAUCUCAUCUCCUGGGCCUGGCGAUUUUGGCUCCGCAGCAGUGAUUGAGUCUUCCCGAAGCGCUUUCGUCAACAGCACGCAGAAAGUGCCUACACUCAGCCAGUUCAAAGCUGCUCGGACUACUUCCUCUGAUCAGCUUCUUGAAGAUGCGGAGAUGGAGGAUGUGCCUCGUAGGUUGACAAACGGUUCCUCAGCUCGUAAGAUCUGGGGUGACUGCUCAGGUGAGGAGUCCGACUCGGCUGAAAGUACAAAAACCAUCAAUGCAUCUCAGCCUGCUACCUCUUCGACCAGCACAGUGAACAACAACCAUCAUGACAUUCCACUUGUCGAGGGUGUGCCGACCAACAUCAAGAGCACUACGAGCGAUGUUCAGAAGAGCGAUCCCCUGUCAGAGUCGGACAAGCCGGACCACAUCACAGACACCGUUGGCGCUAUCGCCAUAGACAGCUGGGGCCGCAUCGCCUGCGGUGCAUCAUCUGGAGGCAUCGGCAUGAAGUAUCGCGGUCGCGUGGGACCUGCAGCCCUUGUCGGUGUCGGCGCUGCUGUAGUUCCGCUCGACCCUGAUGAUGAUGAACAGGUCUCUGUCGCGACUGUUACCAGCGGUACAGGCGAGCACAUGGCAACUACAAUGGCAGCAACAACAUGCGCGGAGCGAUUGUACCAAAGCGUAAAGAAGAGCAGGGGCGGCGAAUAUGCUGAAGUGACUGAGGACGAGGCUCUCAGAUCGAUGAUCGAGAACGAGUUCAUGGGCCACUCCAGCGUCAAGAACAGCAACUCAGCCGGAGCCAUUGGUAUCUUGGGAGUGAAGAAGAUGCGCACUGGAAUUAUGCUGUUCUACGGUCACAACACCGACUCGUUUGCCCUGGCUUCCAUGUCAUCAGAUGACGAUGUACCCAAGUGCACCAUGUCUCGCAGCAACGGCAACGGACAGAUAGCUCAAGGCGGUCGUCUCAUGUCAUACAAGACUCGCAAGAGGACCAAAGUCACUCCCCGCCAGCGACAAUUUGGGUAG